ACGGUUAGCUCAAGCAGCUAGAAAACUAGCCCGAUCGGUGUAUGAAAAAAAACAGUAGUGUGGAAAAAAGUUAGCUCCGGUAAAAGCGGUGCUCGGUUCAUGUCACUCCGUGUUGCAACUCUUCUCAUAAGUAAAUUUAUGGCAUCCAAGCAACCAUUUGCAGAUUCUGACACUGCCGAUGAAGCUGUCAGAUCAACAUGCGACGAUGCAUCGAUCUGCAAAAGGUUUGCUUCCAGUAAAGGUUACUGGACUGACCCCUACCUUCAGUAUUUUGUGAGGCAAACAGGUGAGCGUAAAGCACCUGAGAUCAACAGAGGUUAUUACGGUCGUGUUAAAGGGGUUUAUCAUCUACUUGAUGCUUUUCUGAAGAAGACACAAUGUGACUGUCAGGUGGUGAAUCUUGGGGCAGGACUGGAUACUACUUUUUGGAGAUUAAAGGAUGAAAACAUUAUGCCGAAAAAGUACUUUGAAGUUGACUUUCCAAUGAUUGUUGCCAGAAAAAUACACCACAUCAAAACAAAACCUCCACUGUCAAAACCUUUAAUAGAGUCUCACUCCACAGAUUCACUCCUUCUGGAGGGCCACAAUCUGGACUCAGACAAGUUUUGUGUCAUCAGUGCUGAUCUUAGGGACCUCUCAACUCUAGAAGACAAGCUGAAAAAGUUUCAUAUAAACCCAGAGUUGCCCACUCUGUUUAUGUCUGAAUGUGUGCUGGUGUACAUAACCCCUGAGCAGUCCUCGAAACUUGUACACUGGAUUGCAGACACCUUCCCCACUGCCAUGUUCAUAAACUAUGAACAGGUAAACAUGGAUGAUCGCUUUGGGCAAAUCAUGAUCGAGAACCUGCAGAGACGUCAGUGCAAUCUGGCCGGGGUGGAUUUGUGUCAGUCUCUGGACUCUCAAAAAGAACGAUUUUUGACGACCGGCUGGGAAAGCGUGAACGCACUAGAUAUGAUGACGGUCUACAGCAUGCUUCCUCAGGAAGAUGUAGCCAGAAUUGAGCGGCUUGAGUUUUUAGAUGAGAAGGAACUUCUUCAACAGCUUCUGCAACACUACUGCAUCUGCUGGGCUGUAAAAGAUAAACUUAAUUUAGGCAUCUCGCAGAUCGGGUUUUAAACGCCAGUAGGGACUUUGAAAGUUUGCUUUGAGACGACAGGAAAUAAGGAAUCUAAGGAAGUCAUUUAUAUCUGUUUUUCCAUAGUUGAGCCCAAUAAAAAUAAAGACUACUGGCA